UCUAGCUCAGACGUUCAUAGCUCCCUAGAGUGUGACAUUAAAUUUGCAAACGAAAAGUUCCGGCUUACUCUUGAAUCAUUUACAUUACCAAGUUGGAAUCGGUAAGGUCGAACUCAGACUGUGAAAGGCAAGUUCAUUACAGUUGAAUUACUUUAGUUAUUUCACAAACGUUGAAGCCUUUUUCGCAUCGCCAAAUUUGUUCCAGUUAGUGUACAGUGCAAGAAACAAAACGAAACAUUAAAUCGAUUUACAUCUUGUAAGAUGCUCGUGGUGUUUACAUACAAUAACGGUACAAUUGUACAAAAUGUGUAUAGAUACAUUACGAAUAUAAAACCAAAACAUUAGACAAAGAAGAGAGUUGGAAAUAUUGUGGUGUACAUACAAGAGUUCUUUGUGUACAAGGUGAACCUAGUACUACUGUAGUCGUUCGACACAACGCAUAUGGAGUUAAAAAUAUUUUGCGUCACUGUUCAAGAAGAUAAAUAAAGCCAAACAUCAACUGUUUUCCCGUAAAAAUCGGCUGUGCUUCGUCUUACCAGAGUAUUUAGAUACAUACUGUACUCACGGAAUACAACGAUACGUGCUGAGAAAACGUUGAAUGUUGACACCUACAAUGAAAGUGAAUAAGCCCAAAGUGCGUCGCUUUACGUGCAAUUAUUGCGUCAAAUCAUUUUUUAGUGUAUGUGAAUUGAAUAAGCAUAUCCGCAUCCAUACAGGCGAAAAACUGUAUAAAUGUGAAGUUUGCAAUAAAUCUUUUACUCAAAAAUCUAAUCUAAAAUCACAUGCUCUAGUCCAUAAUAAGAAAGAUCGGUACUUUCAAUGCAACUAUUGCCGUAAGAGUUUUCCUCAAACAAAAGAACUUGUAAAACACAUUGGCAUCCAUACAGGCGAAAGGCCAUUUUCAUGCCAAAUUUGUGGCAAAACUUUUACUCAAACCUCUAAUCUAAACAAGCACAUUCGCAUCCAUACAGGCGAAAAACCGUUUAAUUGUGAAAUUUGCGGCAAAUCUUUCAAUCAAUCGUCUCAUCUAAAAUCGCAUACUCUAAUCCAUAAUAAGAAAGAUCGGUACUUUCAAUGCGACUAUUGCCGUAAGAAUUUUUCUCAAAAAAAAGAACUUGUAAAGCACAUUCGCAUCCAUACAGGCGAAAGGCCAUUUUCAUGCCAAAUUUGUGGCAAAACUUUUACUCAAACCGCUAAUCUAAACAAGCAUACUCACAUCCAUACAGGCAAAAAACCGUUUAAUUGUGAAAUUUGCGGCAAAUCUUUCAAUCAAUCGUCUCAUCUAAGAUCGCAUACUUUACUCCAUAGUAAGAAAGAUCGGUACUUUCAAUGCAACUAUUGCCGUAAGAACUUUUCUCAAAAACAAGAACUUGUAAAGCACAUUCGCAUCCAUACAGGCGAAAGGCCAUUUUCAUGCCAAAUUUGUGGCAAAACUUUUAGUCAAACUGCUAAUCUAAACAAGCAUAUUCGCAUCCAUACAGGCGAAAAACCGUUUAAUUGUGAAAUUUGCGGCAAAUCUUUCAAUCAAUCGUCUCAUCUAAAAUCGCAUACUCUAAUUCAUAACAAGAAACAUCGGUACUUUUAAUGCAACGAUUGCGGUAAAUCUUUUCUCUCUAAAUCUGAAAUAUUAAAAGACAUUCUUAUUCAUACUGACAAAGAGCCAACACACAAAAUUUGAGGCAAAUAUUUUUCUCGACAAUCUUAUAUCGAUGCGCACGUUUAUCACAAUACAAGAAUAAUCCUACGAUUGCGAAAAGUCUUUUGUAUCUGAAUAAACACACCAAGUUCACACUGACACAAAAAAAUCAUGUGCAAGUAAAAUAUAAAUAUAUCACUUGUUUGUAUGCGUAGUUUAAAAUGGUAUACUAUUGUUUACAGCAGCGGUUAACUCUUUAGAUGCCACAAGUGCAAUAAAUCUUAGGUUGAAAAACACAAUCUUGUAAAUCAUAUUCGCUCACAUACUAGCGAGAGUAUCAUUUCAAAGUUCUUUUGAACAUUUUUUUUUUCACUUUUGCAUAUAACUCCAACUUUUAAAUACUGUGUUACAUGAAAAUUUGGAAAACGACAAAGUAAAAGGUUAAAAUUGAAUUGAAAUACUUGUAAAGAUGUAAACCUUGAUACAUCUGCGUGAGUCUAUUUGCCCAUACGAAAAAAUUAAUAACUUAAGAAGAUGUAACAUUUAAACUUAAAUUGACGAAAA